GUUGGGCAUUGCCUGGAAUGGUGGUGCUGCUUGGCACCCGAGCUCUCAGCUGAAAUGCCAGCUCCGGUGGGGAGGGCGUUCCUGGUCGUGUGUGCAGCUCUGUGGGGAGGGCAGGCAAUGGCAGGCAGCCUUCCGCCCCCGUGUGACAGCCACGUCUACUGCACCGGGGAGCUGCUGCGGCAAGUCCAGCAGGCCCGGCUCUUUCCAGAUGACAAGGACUUCGUUGACAUGCCCCUGAAGUCCAAUCCAGAUGUGGUUCUGAAGCAAUUUGAGGAGUUAAUGAACGCCACACCUGGCGGAGCCUUAUCCAAGCUGCAGCUGGCACAGUUUGUGGAGGCUCACUUCUUCCCUCCAGGGCAGGAGCUGGAAAGCUGGGUGCCUCCAGACUGGACGGACAGCAUCCCCCUCCUCCAGAGGAUUUCAGAUGGGACGUUGCGGUCCUGGGCCAGGGUCCUGAACGCCAAGUGGAAGCAGCUGGGCAGGAGGGUCAACUCCGAGGUCCAAAGCUCCCCUGCGCGCUACUCUCUGAUCUACGUGCCAAACCCCGUGGUGGUGCCUGGCGGCCGGUUCCGUGAAUAUUACUACUGGGACUCCUUCUGGAUCCUGGGAGGCCUCCUCCUCUCCAACAUGACGGUCACAGCCAAGGGCCUGAUCCAGAACUUCCUCUACCUCGUCAGCAAAUUUGGGCACGUCCCAAAUGGAGGCCGGGUGUACUACGAGCGUCGGAGUCAGCCACCACUCCUCACCCUAAUGAUGGAGAGUUACCUGAGCCACACAAACGACACCGAGUUUCUACGGGAAAACGUCCACCUGCUCGAAGCCGAGUAUCACUUCUGGCAAGACCACCGGGCUGUCAAUAUCUCUGUGGGGGGCAAGCAAUACUCCCUGAAUCGCUACAACGUCCAGGUGGGGGAACCCAGACCGGAGUCUUACAUGAAGGACGUGGAGCUGGCAAUGGGCUUAGAGGAAGAAGCCCAGCAGAGCCUUUGGGCAGAGCUGCAGAGUGCGGCUGAGUCGGGCUGGGAUUUCUCCUCCCGCUGGUUCUUGCCAGGACUCCUGUCCCUGCGUGACACCCGAGUGAGAGGGAUUGUGCCAGUGGACUUAAACGCCAUUCUUUGCAAGGUUGAGCAGCUGUUGGCCACUUUCUACCAAGUCCUUGGGCAUGCCCAGAAAGCGAGCAGGUUCCGGGCUGCACGGAGACAGCGGGUGGCUGCCCUCACUGCUGUCCUGUGGAAUGAGGAGGCCGGUGUUUGGCUGGACUAUCACUUCCUCCGCCAGAGGCACAACCCGGCCUUCUACCCCUCCAACCUCAGCCCCCUGUGGGCCGAGUGCGACGUGGAUCUGGCCAGGGCAGAGAAGGUGCUUCGCUACCUGGAGGAGAGCCGGGCCCUCUCCUUUGCUAAUGGACUGCCCACCUCUCUGACACGGACGGGGCAGCAAUGGGACUUUCCAAACGCUUGGGCCCCACUCCAGCACAUGGUGAUCACAGGCCUGGCCAAAUCCUCUUCUCCCCGGGCACGAGAGCUGGCCUUCAGCCUGGCUCAGCGCUGGGUGCAGAUGAACCUGGCUGUGUACAAGAAGCACGGAGGCAUGUUUGAGAAGUACGAUGUGGAAGGUGACGGGAAGCCCGGAGGUGGUGGGGAGUAUCCAGUGCAGGAAGGCUUCGGCUGGACCAACGGGGUGGCCCUCCAGCUGCUGGAUCUGUACGGAGAGCAGCUGACGGCCGCCAGCGCUCUCCCUCCUGGCCCUGCAUGGGGGGCCUGCCUCAGCCUGAUCCUGUUCUCACAGCUUCCUGGGUUGCUCGGGGACGGGCCUGUCCCCUGGGGAAGCUAGCCGCCUCCUCAGUUGGGCUCUUGAGAUCCUCGGGUGGGUGUGGCUCAGAAGGACUGUGGUGUGCAUGCCCUGCAUGUGUCGGGGCCGCAUUGCAUGCCAUAAGGCCCCCCUCCCUUCUCAGCUGUCCGGCUGGGCAAUAAAGAGAGCGUUGCCAGCGUG